AUGCCUACACCAGAGGUCAAGGCAAACCUGUCUUCAUUAAACACAUUCAUUACACGCGUUACCGCCCGUGAAGUAAGCCCGGUGAGAGGUGAGUUACAUAGCCCUUUGAGUGACGUUGCAAACAGUACAUCUCGAUAUUACAAGAGAAAAUCACAGCAGGUGUGUGAGGCAGUCUUGGACUGUAUUGCACCAGGGCAAUCUCAAGCUCUUUUUCAACUCAUGACCAGCGAUAAAAUUUCUUAUAUUAACCGUUCCUCUAGCCUAAAUGAACAAAAGAUUCUUCAGAAACUUUUGAUUCUUUAUGAUGAAUCAAACUCUUGGUUUAUCAAGCAGGAAAUUCUCUCAAUAUUUGUACAGGAUUAUUCCAAGUCUCAGCUUAAGGAAACGAUUCCAGGUCUGAGCAAAUGGCGUAUUGAUCAGGCUCGAAAGCAUGCCGCGCUCGUUGGACCAGGACGGCCGAAAGACCCACCUGAGAUACGUCGCACACGCUUAGAUCCUGUAAGGGUGGACCACUUCAUUGAUUUUAUAGCUAGUCCUCAUUAUUUGCAAGACGUUGCAUUUGGUACCAAGGUUCUGAAACUUUCAAAUGGCGAGCAUAUGGAAAUCCCCAAUGUUGUACGGAAAGUUACAGCAACAAGGCUAGUGAACCUUUAUCUUUCGUUUUGUAAAGAAGAGGAAUUUAUGCCACUGGGAAGGUCAACGCUGUUCACCAUGCUAAAGGUACAUCCCUAUAACAAUUGUGACCCUCCACAGAAAUUUGAUGCUAAAGGUGAAAGCACGCUCACGACACGCUUGCACGACACGCUUAGCGUGCCGUAGAUCGCGGAUAUGCGCAUAUUAAAUUGAAAAAACAAAGACGGACACACUUGCAUUUGUUUGGUAAAUUUAACACGCUAGACCUUUUGUUUUUUGUAGCGUGCCAUAUGUCACGGUAAGUGUGCGAAUUAUAACACGCUUAGCGUGCAGUUUGGGUAAGACACGCUGAACACGCUUGAUUACUAAAACUGGUAAGAUGAUGCGGCAACCACAAGAAAGACAACAUGAUGAUUACGGAAUUUGGACAAUAAGACUGAAGCAUACGGGAUGUAAUAUUUCAAGAAGAACAAAUUUCCAUACAUUGUUUAAAUACCGGUUUCGCUUUUUGUGUUAUUGCCGGCCGGAUCAAUUAAGCAACAUUGAAACCGUUUUGGAAUUUUGGUACAUCUAGAAAAGCAGGCUGGAUUUUCAUUUGAUCAAUACGAUCCUUGCAAUCGCUAAAAAAUGAAUACAAUUUAGCGAUCCUGGCACUUGAUGAUUUCUAUUUGAUCGCUGCGAUUGCUGUGAUCGGCGAGAAAGUGACUUAUGUCCGAAAGAUCAUUGUUUCUGAGAAAACUGCAAAUGUCUUUUAAAUUAAGGAAAGUUUAGAUAACCUUUGCACAACUUCGUCAGCAAACAUUUCUGGAAAGACCUUUGAUUUUGCAGUGCUAAUAUAGUUCUACUCAUAAAUCCAGUAGGUCCCACCGUUCACUGUUUCUACUUUUCAAGCGACAACGUUAUUUCAAUCAGAUACUAUCGCUGCGAUCGCUGGGUUAGAACUUUUUCUUUCUCGAUAGUUACCAAAAAAGGGUGCCGUUCAUAAUCAUUUACGGUUCCUUUUUGUAGAGGAAAUAUAUUUAGCUUAUAGAUAACACGCCUUGUGUGCUUUUGCGCACACUGAAAGUGUGUUGUGCUUUUUCGCACGGAGCUUUUGUUUGAAAACUUUAACACGCUCUUUAGUUCGACUUGCUCACGCUUAAUUGUCUCAAGCGUGUCCUCUGAAACAAAAGAAAUUGCUAAUGAAUCAAGAUUGCAAGCGUGCUAAAGCGUGUUAAAACAUAUUCUUUUGUUUUAAAGUGAAAGCGUGUCGUGCGCGUGCUUUCACCUUUAGCAUUAAAAUCCUGUGGAGGGUCACAAUUGAUUUGUACCUUAAAGACGGGUAUGUUUAGGAUCGAAGCUGGUUUUCUUAGACUUUUCUAAGUAUGUUCAGGUUGUCGCAUGCCUUACACUAAGAGAAUUGUUUUCCUUUUCCAGAGAACACAAUAUAGAGAAAUUACCUUCGGUGUACAUAUAAGAAACGAAAACUCAUUUUUGCUCAAUUUAUGGACUACGUACCUGAACACGCUUUGUAGGAACGUACCUUAGAGGUAACAUUCUGGUUUUCCCCUCCAAAAAAAGAAAAAAAAUACGUUUUUACUUGACCUUGGGAAUAAUGAGAGCAAAGUAUGCUCUCAAACAAAAGGUUGUCUGAUUUACAUAUUCAAAGACAAUAGUUAUACGGGAACUAAAUCCAAAUAUUCACGGAGUUGUGCAUGAACUUUUCUCCUCGCCCUCCCCACUGACAAUAGAAAGCAACUAAUGUUCAUGGUAUACUGUACUUAUGCCAAGUUCCAACUUUGAUGUUGUAAGCUUUGUGCGGCAUCCCAGAAGAAAUCUCUCGCUGGCCUUGACAAUAUUACCACUGAAGGGUUAUCAUCAAUGCAGACAUUACACGACGUUGCCUCACAGCUGGCCAAAGCAGGUAGAGCACAUCAAAAAUAAACUUCUUAAAAACGUUUGACGCAUCAUGAAAGAGCACGUUAUUAGAUUACGCGACGCACCGACAGUAUUUCUCGCGGCCUGAUGACGCGUGUUGUUUUCAGAUGCGCAGCGCGAUGCACAGUGGUAAAUGACUAACCCGCAUAAGAGGCGCUUUAUGGGCCAAGCGAAGCGAACGUAGCAUUUUGCACGAAGCGCGAGACGAGGGGGAGAAACAAUGGACUGGUUACAGGCGCUUUAUUUUUCUCCUCCCCUCGUCUCGCUCUUCGCGCAAACUGCCGCGUUCACCUCGCUUGGUUAUAAAGCGCAUGUUAUGCAGGCUAGUAAGUGACCGAAGGGGUCAGUAGUGUGUGGUGAAGUGUUGUUGUAAAGGCGUGGGUGCGCUAUUGUUUUCGCCAUUAUAUCUGUGGCGAUUGCAGAAUGAGCAACAAAAUACAAGUGUCCAAAUACCGUUUGCUUAACUAUUAAUCGAUUUUAAAAAGCUAGAUUUCUUGAUAGAAUGGCGAGAUAGAGUGAAAGACAGCCACUCUUACAUUCUUACUUACGGUUUUCUUUUCAACAGGUAAAUCAAAUGCGUGGGCUAAGGAAAUCCAAGAAAGACUGAAAAGUAGUAAACUCUACCUCAAAACAGAUUACAAACUUCACAUUGCUGAGGAUAGCCGCUGUACUGAUCAUUGUCGAAAGCACGCAUUAUCUGACGCGGAGCCAGAAUUCCAUGAGCCAUGUCGUCACAAACACGAUGUAACAUGUGAUCGCUGCGAAGUUCUGGAAAACACACUAACUGAAAUUGACGUAGCAAUAUCUUCAGAGAAAGCACAGCUGAGGUACGGUUUUUUCGGCAGUUAGGUUUUAUAAAUAUCUUAAUGAGUGUGUUAGUGGAAAAUGGCCUGACCACCCGGAGAAAAUUAUAUUACGCACAUCUGGGAACUGGUCGAGUUGCGCUAUUUCUACAUAAAUUCUUUAUAGGUAAGGGAAGCACCAUUUAAAAAUUGGGAACGGAAGGCGAAGGGAUUUUAAGUUGCAAGUUUAAUGCAAGACUUUUCAUCCCGGUUUCUCGCUCUCGAAUUAUGUUGCCUUGAAUAUUUGUUUUUACUUCGCACACCUUUCGCCGCUUUUAACUUUUCUAAUGGUUCGUCUUUAAUUUUCGUGAUGUAAUUUCUUUAAUAAUUCCGAACCUCGCGUAUUUUUUUUGUGAGACGCAUUGUUAGUCUAUCCUGAGGACGCUGAAAAUAGCUGACAUGAGUGGAUUUGUCGUUCAUGCAUUGCAAAAUUCAACAUUUUUUUUAACUGAGUUAUUUCUUACUAUAGUAAAGACCAACAAGAAGAGAUACCCCAUGAAGUCGAGAUAGCAAUUAAAAAGAUUCGUGACUGGAAAGAUCAUUUAAUGAGAACUGCACACCAAGACGCAGCCAAGUCUACUGUCCUUGAGAAACUGUCGUCCAGUCAAAUAUUUAUUAUCAUGGAUUGGGCGAUGAAGUUUUUGCCUGUAAGUUUUCGAGAAAGUCAAUCAGAAUGGUUUGGCAAAAAGGGAAAAUCCUGGCAUGUGUCUGCGGCAAUUACAAUAUCUGCCGAAGAAGAACUUGAGGUAUGGAUCCCAGUUAAGAAUAAUGAUGUCGUAAUAUCUGAUCAUGGUAUAGGUAAGGAUAAGAAACGAUCAGUGAAGCUAGUGUUUGACGGGCAAAGCUUCCUUUUUCUUAGGUGUUUGAUGCUCAACAGUUUAAAGUUAAUUUUAAACAAAGGUUAACUAAUUAUAAUUAGAUAACACAAAACCAGUACCCAUUGAAUUGUAGUGCUGGGUUAUCCUGCCUUGUUAUUAUCAUCAUCAUUAUUACUCAUGCCAAAUUUCACAUUACAAAAAAAUUUCAUUUAGCCUAUUUGAAUUUUACAGAAAUCAAUUCUUGCUUUUUUACCUUACCUAGAGCGAACUUUUUUUUCCUAGGUUAAGACGUUUGUCCACAUCUUUGAUCAGACUGCUCAAAACUGGUUCGCCGUCGCUUCGCUGAUCGAGCAUGUCCUUGUUCAACUAAAGAAAUCACGGCCAAGUUUAAAAGAGGCAUUUUUGAGGUCUGAUAAUGCAGGGUGUUAUCAUUGCGGGCCCCUGAUGCUAGCCGUUCCAUCGAUUUCAAAGAGAGUGGGUGUCACAUUAAGGCGGUACGACUUUAGUGAACCACAGUCUGGGAAAGACAUCUGCGACAGGCGAAUUGCGACCAUGAAAAGCCACAUGCGUCGAUAUUUGAACGAAGGAAAUGAUAUAAACACAGCAUCUGAUAUGAAGAGGGCUCUGGACUCAUAUGGCGGUGUGAAGGGAUGCCGCGUUGCUGUUGUCAGUGUGGACACCAGCCGACAAGAAAUAGAACAUCACAAGUGGACGGGCAUCCAAUCCUACAACAACUUCGAGUUUCUGCGAGGUGGUGUCAGAGUGUGGAAAGCGUACGGAAUUGGCAAAGGAAAGUUGAUACGUAACCAAGAGCUAAAACAAAUGGCUAAGGAACAGGGGAAAACUGGUCUAGUUGUACACGAAGACUUCAGCAACCCAAUAGCCGAUACAGGUGUUUUCAAGAAACCAGAAACGCGCAAACGUGAGCCACAAGGUGGAGAUAAGACCGAGAAUGUCCUUGAUACUGAUUGUCAAGCCCCAAAGCCAGGAUUUCCUUGCCCUGAAGUUGGCUGUGUGAAAGUAUUUGUUUCGAGUAAUACCCUUGAGAAGCACCUGGACGCGGGCAAACACUUCUACUAUAUCCAUAAAGAGGGUUCCUAUGACGAAAUUAAGUGCAAGUGGGUGUCGAGAUGUAUUGACGUUGGCAGUGUGAAGGAACUGACGUGCAAGACUACAGAUUUAACAGACCAAGAAAGAGGAGUACUGCCAGCGGCCAUCUCCAUCUCCGAGAAAGGUUGGGCCAAGAAAAAGGCAAAAGCCGCGGUGCGUUUUUCUCCACCAGUUGAAGCCUUCCUUAAUGAUCUGUUCUUUAAGGGCGAAGAAACAGGGCAAAAGGCCAACCCGGCGGACGUUUCUUCCCAACUCCGCAGCGUACGCAACCCAGAUGCAGUGAAAAUGUUCAAAAAAUCUGAAUGGCUGACGGCACAGCAAGUCACAAGCUACUUCUCCCGCCUCAGCGUUUUGUACCGAAGUGGAAGAUUCUCCAGAGAUGCGGAAGAUAAAGAUGUUGAAGAAAUCGCCAUGCUUGAAGAGGCACUAUCGCGACAAAAAAUGAAUGAAAAUAUAACAUCGAACUUGGAGCUUUAG